GAGAGAGAAUGCGGGACUCUUGGAAAAAAGACGCAUCUACACUCGGUCCAUCACCGAGACAUCCAUCCCGAACACACGCUGCAUAGGAUUACACCGAAUUGACGAUGAUGUUGGAAUCUUCAUCUCAGCCCAUUACGAGAAGCUCUAUUUUUCUUUUUAAUUAGAAAAAAAUAUGAUGUGAAAACUCGCUCUGAGAAGCACUCUUGUCUCCUCAUAACUUGCGUGAAGGAAUCCGACGGCUUGGCACGUUGCUCCACUGCGGGAAAAAGAGGAAAACGCAGCUAGAUCUGAAGGUAAGAAGAGAUCUAGUAGCAGCAUCCCAAAGACUUUUUUCUCUUCCCCCCAAAACUGAUUCUCAUUCCUCUUUCUUCUGGGGAUGUGAGUUAAUUUUCCUCGGAGUCCGGAGAGCACAGCAGUGUUUUUUUUCUCCACUUCCUUUUGUGUGGUGCUGCAUUGCAGUUUCUAACUGUGAAAAACGCGAGAAAAGCCGCUGUCCCAAAUGUGACUGGAAUUAAAAGAACUUACAAAUGGCAAUGUGAAGUGAUAAGCGUCCUCGUGUGACAGCGGGAUAGCUCUCUGGUUUACGGGGGAAGAAAAGAGUGAAGUGGAUUAAUCAAAGGCUGGUGAAUUAGUUGUUUCUCUUUUCGCAGCAGGAUGGAUUUUUUGAUUCCUUUGUGGCGCGAACAGCCCAGCAAGACGACGAAAUUAUUUUUAUAGAAGUUGAUAAAGCACCGCUGAGUAAAGGAGGAGGAUAGAAGAAAAGGAGCCCGCACCGCUGAAGUGAACUACAGAGAGAGUGCGGAAGCUUUCCCCCGGACCUCAGGCGGCAGUCCGCAGAGAGCGAUAGGGAGAAGGUAAGAAGGGAUAAAUCAAACACCCACGCUGUGAGCUACACCACACCACAAAACACCAAUAACAAAGAGUCAAGCCGCAGCUCAGAGGCAGACAGCGGGAAGGAAGAGAGGCGAGGGGAAGAAGGAGCCAUGCAGAGGCUUGGUGCAGUGCACUCCUCCGCGGCGCAGGCUCUCAGCCUCGUGGUCUUAGUGCUGCAGCUGCUGACUCAGCUACCGGGUGCCGACUCAGCUCUCCGGUACCGGGUGGCGGAGGAGGGCCCGCCUGACGUCAAGAUUGGCAACGUGGCCGCCGACCUGGGCCUCACAGCGGGCACAGGCAGCGGGGAUGUCACCUUCGCCCUGGAGAGUGGCUCAGAGUUCUUCAAGAUUGACAAUGUGACAGGUGAGCUGACAACAGGCCCUCGGCGCAUCGACAGAGAGAAGCUCCCACAGUGCCAGAUGAUAUUUGACGAAAAUGAGUGUUUCUUGGACUUUGAAGUGUCAGUGAUCGGACCACUGCAGAGCUGGGUAGACCUGUUUGAAGGCCGUGUGGUCAUAACAGACAUCAAUGACAACACACCUUCCUUCCCCUCACCUGUGCUCCAGCUCUCAGUUGAGGAGAAUCGCCCAAUAGGAACUCUUUACCUGCUACCCACAGCCACAGACAGGGAUUUUGGGCGAAAUGGCAUUGACCGAUAUGAGCUGAUCCAAGAUGGUGCAGCUGGGUCAAGUUCAACAAGACGCACAGCAGCAGGAAACCCCAGUACUAGAGUGGAUGGACUCGGGGACCGCAGGGGUAGGAGUGGAGAUAAUGGAGCAGGACCCAGGAGCACUGUGUUUGAACUACAAGUUGCAGAUAUACCAGAUGGUGAAAAACAGCCACAGCUCAUUGUUAAAGGCACACUGGAUCGUGAGCAAAAAGACUCCUACGAGCUCGUCCUCAGGGUUCGAGAUGGAGGGAACCCACCACGUUCCUCCCAAGCUCUGCUGCGUGUUUCCAUCACCGACGUGAACGACAACAGCCCACAGUUUGAGAGGUCGACAUAUGAGGCUGAAAUGGCGGAAAAUGCCCCUCCAGGUACACCUGUCCUCCAGGUCAGAGCCUCAGACCGUGACAUUGGAGUCAACGGGCAGGUGGAGUAUGUCUUUGGAGCAGCCACUGAGUCCGUCAGGCGACUCCUGCGUUUGGAUGAGGCAACUGGAUGGCUCAGCGUCCUUCACAGGAUUGACAGGGAAGAUGUGGCACAACUGAGGUUCACAGUAACAGCCAGAGACAGGGGUCAGCCACCCCGCACUGACCGCACCACUGUGAUCCUAGCUGUCCGGGAUGAAAAUGACAAUGUCCCAGUCGUAGAGAUCCGAAAGAUUGGACGGAUCCCUGUUCGAGAUGGAGCAGCAUUAGUACCAGAGAACGUUCUGGUGGACACACCAGUAGCUCUGGUACAGGUGUCAGACCGAGACCAGGGAGAGAACGGAGCUGUGACGUGCACAGUUGUAGGAGACGUCCCAUUCACACUGAAGCCAGCUGGUGAAACGGCACUCCCACCCUUACCUGCAGAAGAUGCCUUUGACAGGAAUAAGAAAAAAUACUUCUUACACACUUCUGCCUUGCUGGACUAUGAGGCCACCAAAGAGUAUAGUGUUACCAUUGUGGCAGUAGAUUCUGGCAGCCCCAGUCUGUCCAGCAACAGCUCACUGAUGGUGCGAGUGGUCGAUAUCAAUGACCAUCCUCCAACUUUUGCCCAGAGCGUUGUGGAGGUCCACUUUGCAGAGAACAACUCACCUGGUGAGAGGGUGGUGACUGUGGUAGCCACAGACGCAGACAGCGGCAAGAAUGCAGAGAUUGCAUAUUCCCUAGAUCCCGCUGGUAACGGGCCAUUUUACAUAGAUGCAGAUAAUGGAGAUAUCCGUGCCACUGGGGUUCUGGACCGUGAGCAGCGAGAGAGGUAUGAACUCCGCGUUGUUGCCAAAGACAAGGGUACACCAUCGCUGCAAGGCUCUGCCACUGUUGUCGUUCAGGUGACCGACCGGAAUGACAACGCGCCGAAGUUUGUUCAGGAAAUCUUUACAUUCUACGUGAAAGAGAAUCUACUCGCCAACAGCCCGGUUGGCAUGGUCACUGUGACUGAUGCUGACGAGGGCGAGAACGCAGAGCUUAGUCUGUUUGUAGAGAUGGAUGGAGUUGAUGAGAAGAAGACGGGAGAGAAGGUGGAAGGAGAAGAUGGCGAGAAAGAGCAAGAAGAGGUGUUUUCCAUCGAGAACAACACAGGAACUAUCUUCUCCUCUGCAUCAUUUGACCGUGAAAAGCUUUCCACCUACACCUUCCGUGUCCGGGCUGUGGAUGGAGGGGAGCCUCGCAAAACUGCCACCGCCACCGUCUCGCUCUUUGUGACGGAUGAGAAUGACAACGCCCCCUCAAUCACCUCUCCAGCCAAUGAGUCCUACACCCUUCUUCCACCUGCCAGCAGUGCCCGCACCAUAGUCAGGACUGUAACAGCCAUAGACUCCGACACUGGCCCAAAUGCAGAUCUUCGCUAUGCUCUGGUGGGGGGAAAUCCCUUCAGACUGUUUGAAAUUGGCCACACAAAUGGAGUGAUCACCCUGGCAGAACCUCUGGAGCGGCGCCACAGAGGUCUGCAUCGCCUGGUCAUCCGGGUCAAUGACAGUGGGGCCCCCUCUCUCUGUGCCACUGCCCUGGUUCAUGUCUUCAUUAACGAGAGCUUGGCCAACGCCACCAUAGUGGAUGCACAGGUGGCCCGAAGUCUGAUGGCUCCUCUGUCACUGGACAUUGCAGGGGACCCAGACAGCGAGCGUGCAUUAGGCAAACAGCGCCUCAGUGUAGCCAUCGGCGUCCUGGCGGGAGCUGCAGCGGUCAUACUGGUUAUCCUCCUUGUGGUAACAGCUCGGCAGUGUGGCGCUCAGGGCAAGAAUGGCUACGAGGCCGGAAAGAAGGAGCCAGAGGAAGACUUCUUCAGUCCCCCGGGGGCUCAACCGCAGGCCGGCCGCGGCAGAGGAUCAGACCGUGGUCGCAAACCUCGACGGGACAAACGCAACGGAAGUGGCGGCAGUGCAGCUAUAGGAGGAGGGAAGGCAGACAGAUCACUUUACAGCGGCAUUGUCACAGUCAACGGGCUGCGCCGCCACGCUAAUGACGACGAUGAAGAGGAUUUGAGCAGUGCUAGUGAGCGCCUGGCCGCCCGCUACUGUGCCAUGGAUGGUGACCCCGGCAGCCCACGGAUGGGCGGCGGCAGGAGGCACCAGUCGAGCCCAGAUCUGGCCAGGCACUAUAAAUCCAGCUCACCUCUCCCUGCAGUCAAUCUACAGCCCCACUCCCCUCCAGCUGAGGGAAAGAAGCACCAGGCGGUCCAGGACCUGCCUCCAUCCAACACCUUUGUGGGCAGUGGGGGUUGUGUGGGGAGUGCCGGCUCCAGCAGCAGCAGUAGCGGGGGCAGUGGCAAUGCAGACGCCAUGUCCCUGGGAUCUGACCAGUGCUCAGAGUAUGGCUGCCAGACUGGGAACAAGUACAGCAAACAGGGGACCCUUCGUCGAGUGACCUUCUCCGUAGUCAGCCAGCCCCAGGAUGGCGGUUGCUAUGACAGUGGCCUGGAAGACUCGGAGACGCCGAGCAGCAAGAGUUCAUCAGGGCCGCGGCUGGGAGCCCUGCCACUGCCCGAGGAAGGUUACGAGCGGACCACACCGGAGGGCAGUGUGGGCGAGGAGGAGCAUGUGGAGAAUGAUGCCAGACAGCUCCCAGACGUAGCUCUGACAGGAAAGUGUACCAGGGAGUGUGAUGAGUUUGGCCACUCUGACACUUGUUGGAUGCCUGUCCGCCCUUCACCUCGCCAGCGUCAGCGCCAUGGCAGCGACCCCCCACGGCUCUCCACCUUCGCCCCCGGAGACGAUAAUAACAAUCUUCGUGGUAACGACCAUGAGAGUGACAGCGAGAGCGCCGGCAGCGCAGGGAGCUCAGAACCUGGGGUGGUUGUCGGUGGAGAAGGUCAGAGAUUACCCUUAGCCAACGGAGAUCCUCUCGGCACCCUGGGCAGUGGAGACCGCAACAGGAACAUGGGCGAUCACAACCGUAAUCUUCUGAACCGCAAGAUGACUUCGGCAUCCUAUGACACAUUUAGCAGCGCAGGCUUCGGGAGGCGCCAGCAAGAGGAGGAAGGAGGAGAAGGCCAGAACCCGCCGGAGGUCAUACCACUGACGCGGACAGGAGGGGACUACAAGACCACGUCCUGCCUCACGUUGUCGCGCCGAGAGGUCUACCUGUGACAGCCUUGCAACGGAGCAAUCAUCACUACACCACUCCCUUUUCUGAAAAACAGGGAGUGUAAAGACUUUACUGGCAAGUUAUCAGUUUGGAAGGCCUUUUAAACCCGUGAAGAUGUGAAAAUGUCAGAAAAGAUGUUUUCCAAAAGCUGUAUAUCAAAUUGGAACUUUUGGAUUCUGACUUUUAUUUAUAGGCACCUAAACUUAAGUGAUGGAUCAACUCUUCUGGGAGCUCUGACCAGGAGUUCUUUCUAAAAAAAAAAAGUCUUUUUUUAACUACUUCUGAAAGUUGCCUACAGGCAAAGAUCCUAAUAUGUCCUUGUGGAGGAGGACAUCUUCAUCUCUUCUUCUUUCUACCUGAAUCCAGUGCAUGCCUGACCCUCUGCCACAGAGGGAUCCGUGUGAAGAAGAGAGACAAGUAAAUCCUGAUGCUAUAAAUGCCUCGGUGCAUAUAAAAACUUCCACCGAGGCCACAGCAGGCAAGAUUUGGACUCAACUGGAGAACAAUCUGCUGAAAUACCACCAAGGUCUUAUCCAGUCAAAAUAGAUGAAAAGAAGUAACGGGUCUUUGAUUGAGUUAUUUGGAUCUAAUUCAAACCAAUCAAACUUUCUAAUGCCUAAUCGACUCUAUUGUAACGCAAGACUGGGAUAUUAACCAAUCAAACUGCUAAUCCCGCGAGUCAUAAACAGAGUACUGACAAAAGUGUGGUCACUGUACAGUUACACGGAAGAAAAAAAUGUGCUGAUCUCUAAAAUCAGGUAUCUUUAAAAACAUUCAGAACUGCAACAAUGUGAAAAUACUUUUUUUUACAGUAAUCAAUUGUAACCAUUCAGAAUACAAAGUUCUCAUAGAGUGUCAGUAGUGCCACAGAACUCCGGCGUGUGUGAAAAUACGUGUUUAUUAUUUUGCCUUCACACCCAGUCUGUAUGUAUAUAUCGUAUGUGUGUAUUUGAUAAGACAGCAGUGUUAUCUCUCUGCAGCUGUCCGUUCCAGAGUAGACUGAGGUGCUGAGUUCACUGCACACCUACAGUAUCCUAACAGUGUUCAUGUAUCAUAAAUGUUCUUUCGCACACACACGCACACACAUAUACACAUGCACGCAUGCACGCACUUACACACACAGACCUAAGCAUGUAAACACAAACUCAUACAGUGCAUUUACAGAAUGUUAACAUGCAUAGGGCCACAGUUUAUGACAUGAUUCAGUGGCCGUGUAACAUAAAGUAUAUAAUAACUUGCAUUAACUUUCAUACAAAAAGCACACACACACACACAUAUACAUACAUAUUAAAACAAGAGUAGAGACACAAUCCCAUGUUAAGAUAUGCGCUAUUCAUAUGCACUAUGUGUAUAUGUGCUCUUAAUCAUACUUUUUUAACAUAAUGCCAUUCAUUGAACUAGCUGUAGCAUUUUGCCUGCUCCCCCCCAGCCAGUAUUUAAACAUGAAAUGUAUUUAAAUAAUUACUCAUCUCUCUGACUGAUGUGUGGGGCCACAUUAAAGGGAAUUUCAGACAUUUCAUCUACUGUAUGUAAUGAUAGACAAUGUGGGGAUAUGAGAUAUUCUCCAUUCUGUAAGUAGGACUCAUAGAAAAACCAAAUUUCUGUAAGAAAAAAGGAAAAGAAAAAAGGACUCUGCAUGUAAAUGAAAGAAGAAAGAUAAUGCUAACUUUUUUUCUCUCUUUUUUAAACCACACGCCUUUUUGGAUACCACGCCUAUUUGGAUACAUCUGUAUUGUGUGUGUGCUUACGGGGAAAUGGAGAUAAUGAUGGCAGUAGGGGAGUUAGCGUCAGUGGAUUAAACUGUUCCUGCUUUAUCAUGGAGCGAGUUUGUGGUAACCUUGGGCCUUUUUCUCAGUUUUCAUGGCCCGAAGUUGGCACGAAGGGUGCCGCAGGCUGUAACAAAAAAAAACACAAUGUAGUGGAAGCGCAGAGUUCUGCUGCACCCUUUUCACCGCACAGUGCCGACCUGAACACGCCCAUACUGCUGUGCUGAACUGCACAGAUAACAGACUCCUUCACAUUCGUCCUUCCCAGCAGCUACUGCACGACUCCAGACACACUCUGCUGCACUGGGCUGAAGAGUGGGUGUGGAUUGAGGCCAGCACAUCUUAAUUCCCAUCAUCAGUGUGUGGUUCAGUGGUGUGAUAGGGAUAAUAGGGUUAGGUCGUCCCUGUGGUCUUAAUGAGUUUCCUUUCUCCUCUCUUCUCCUCCCUCGAUCUGCACUGAUCUCAUUAAUGUCUGGAUUGGCGAAUGUAACACUGCUGGAAAUUGCCAGUAAGUGUGUCUCUUCAUUUUUCUGGUUGUUUUGGAUCAGAUGAGGCAAAGGAGACAUGCUUGUUACGGAUGCGCUCCAAUUUAGUUUAUAGAUCCUUGUAGUGCAUAGAGUUAGUCAGAAAGGGGAGCAACACUCAGGUAAGAUGUGUGACAAUGUUCAACUUGUUAACUAACUAACUUGUGGUUUUAGCCACACGCUGUUGCUGCUUGACUGUCCCCCCCUCACAAAGGUAACUCAGUGUGUGGAAACAGUAAAGUACAUUUAAUUUUACAAUGUUAAUUGUCCUGAGGUGUGCUCCAUGUGCGUGAUGACACUUCGUAUACCUGUAUAUACCUUCAACUUUACAACUCUACGACCAUUUAGCUUGUUUUAGGCCACUGAUGUACUUACUCCCUAAGCCUUCAUUACUCCCAAUCCCCAACAUGGCUGUUUACUGAGCUCUGUCAUUGAUGGACUGUGCUGAGGAUGCAACAAACUCAAGGCAUAACGCCUUGAAAAGGGAUUGGUGAAAAACAAUCACAACAUCCUGCGGUACACACACUUGGAGGCAGAAGGACACAUGCUCUUUCUCUGGGAGAAAGAGUUGAGAUAAGUGUGCCUCAAUCCCUUGGAGGCCACAGACGUCUUGAACAUCCAGCUUGUGUGUUUUGGAAAGAAACUCUUGAUACAGCCCUGCCUCUUCCAAGUGGCAGAUAUCUCUUCAAACUGCUGUUUUAAGGCAGUUCCAUUAUGGCACCUUUCAAACCCUCCCAUCCAGAUUUAAGGGAACUUACUGUACAUGAAUCUGUGUGGGUGUGUAUCCUUUUUUAUACUGCACGUUUAAACAUGAAUAUCUUUCAGUCUACUGCAAAACAGAGAGGGGAGACAGACAGAGAAGAGCGCGACAUCUGAGAUCUAUCACCCACUAAUCGAGACAUUUUUAAAAACAGACACUUCAGCAAACAUCAUGUACCUGUCAUCCCCCCUCGUGCUGUUACCCUUAUAGCCAUGUACAGAUAAAACUACACUGUAGAACAGACAACUGGAAACCGUAACAGACAAUGGCAUGCCUAAAGGAUCUUCAAAUCUGCACUUGUGAAAAAAUGAGAAAAAAAAACUAUUUUUAUUUUCCUCUUCUUUGUUUUCAUUUCUUGUGGGGCUGGCUCUGUUUUUUGCUGCUCCCUACCUGUAAUUACAUAAUGAACUAAUUGCAUUUGCUAUGACGAGGAAGAAGAGGAGCUGUCGACGAAUGGUUUGGUAUGAAGAUGAAUCAUGUAAAAGUUUGACUUUGACAUUAAAAACUUCAAACACU